AUGGGGGUUGGUGGUAAAAGGAAAAUGAACUACACAUCGAACUUCAGCCUAAUAGAAGUAACAAGAGCACAAAUGAUGGCAGUCCGCCGAGAUUGUAAUAUAGACAUGGAGCAGUUAAACGAUGACUUGGAUAUGCUCGAAAAGUGGUGCCGGAGUCAAGAUCAGUUAGUUGAAGCAUUACCGUAUUUAGGUCGUGAUAUGUUGGAACGUUUUCUCAUUCAAGCCAAAGGGUCCCUUGAACGGACAAAACAAGGGAUCGAUAAAGCAUUAGCAGUUAGAGGGAUGAUACCUGAUAUUAUGUUAAAUGAAAAAACAAUAACAAAUUUAGACAAAUUUUGCAAUCUCUUUGACAAUGUUUUGAUAACAUCGUUACCAAAAGCCAAUCCCGAGGAUGGCACGCGGGUGAUUUUAUUAAGAUUGAUGAACGAAAACUUUGAAGAUUUAGAUUUGAUAGAAUGUGCAAAGUUUGGUACUUUUGGAGCGUACAAAUUUAAAGUGAAAGGUAUUCAUGUUAUAAAUGCUCCGUCGUUUUUUGAUAAGCUGUUUUUUAUUGCAAAAGGAUUUUUCCCAGAAAAAAUGGUCAAAAGAAUACGUGUCCAUGGCUCUUACGAAGAACUGUAUGAGGUAAUAUCGAAGGAAAUUCUUCCAAAAGAGUACGGCGGUGAGGGUAUGAGCUGCUCCAGAUUAGUUGAGGAAUGGAAAAAUUACAUUCGAUCUGACGAUGGACAACGUAUCAUGGAAAACUCUCAUAGACUUGUAUCCGACGUGUCAAAACGAAAUUUGUUUAAGUUCGACGAAGAAUACUUCGGUCUGCCGGGCUCUUUCAAAAAGAUAAACAUAGAUUAG